AGAGACGCUCUCACUCAGGAUCACGGGUGAAUCGAUUUGCGUUAUAUCGCGCAGUGAAAGCGUUCUCACGAGCGAUGUUCCUGGCCGGGAAGCAGCGUGAAUCGCCCAUCUGAAUAGUAGAGAUAGUAAAGCCAGGAUACGGCCCCGGGAAUUCGCAAAGAUUUUCUAACGAGACAAGUAAUUGACGUUGACUGUUCUCCCGGGUUCGAAUCUGCUAGUUGAAAAAAAGAAGAGUAGGGGGAGGCUGCACGCCGAAGUGAUCGACCGUACGGCCGAAAAAUCAGUCAAAACGCUUCGCCGCCCUGUCCAUCUUCGGUUAUCGGCAGAUUAUACCAGGAAGGAUUUAUCGGGUGCGGGAAAUUAGGUGCCUAAACGAGAUACGUUGGUGUUAGCUGGGGGAGGCUCGAGGAUGGCGGACACGAGUCAGCAAGAGCUCUCGGAGCCGCACACCAAUGGAGUCGUGGACGGUUUGACGGAGGAAGAGAAAAGCAAAAUGAGACCGGCUGAUAUCGAUGCGGACAUGAGAGAGAUGGAGAGGAGGAAGCGCGUCGAGAUGAUGAUGAACUCACGACUCUUUAGAGAAGAGCUGGAACGCAUCAUCGAGACUCAAAUGAAAGAUGGUUCGGGACCUUCCGGUCUGUUGCAACAGAUUUCUGACAUUAUGGGCGGCCAAGGAGCUAGAUUCAACACCAGUGUGUUCAAAAACUCAAACUGCGUGGUGCCGAUCAAUGAUAUUCGUGGAGUAGAAAGCAUGGGUUACGCCAAGGGCGAGAAGCGUCUUCGGUGCAAGCUUGCAGCAGUCUUCAGGCUCCUUGAUCUCUAUGGAUGGACUCAGGGUAUCGGUAGUCUCAUCACUGCCAGACUCAAUCAGGACCAGGAGCACUUCUUGGUUAAUCCCUAUGGACUGCUGUACCACGAGGUCACUGCUUCCAGUCUGGUCAAGGUCGAUAUGCAAGGUGCAGUGGUUGAGCAAGGCACCACGAAUUUCGGGGUCCACGUUACUGGAUUCCAAUUGCAUUCAACGAUACAUGCUGCGAGACCUGAUAUCAAGUGCAUUGUUCACAUAACCACUCCGUCCGUCAUAGCUGUCUCUUCCCUGAAAUGUGGCCUACUCUCCCUCGGCCAGGAGAGCAUAGUGAUUGGCGAAGUUAGCACCCAUCAGUACAUCGGUGGAACUUUCGAGCCAGAGGAGCGUGAAAAAAUUACGAGGAAUCUUGGUCCCAUAAACAAGGUUAUGUUCCUCACGAAUCGUGGCGCGUUGUGCUGCGGUGAGACCGUCGAGGAAGCUUUCUUCAACGUUUACAACACUGUAAUGGCUUGCGAGACGCAGUUGAAACUGAUGCCCGCUGGACUCGAGAACCUCAAUCUCGUAUCUGAAGAGUCGAGGAAGGCCAUCUUCGAUGCUUCAAGAAAGCCGCCGGUACCCCAACAGGUGUCCGUCGCAGAUUCUGCAGCGCUUGCUGAGAAACUCGAGAAACGAUGGAGAAUCGGUGGCACUGAAUUCGAGGCACUCAUGCGAAUGCUCGACAACGCGGGUUUCCGCACCGGUUACAUUUACAGACAUCCUCUGGUCAAGGGCGAACCUCCAAGACCACGAAACGACGUGGAGGUACCCCCAGCGGUAUCUUCCUUGGGCUACUUGCUCGAAGAAGAGGAACUCUACAGGCAAGGGUUAUGGAAAGGUGGCCGCAAGGGUACUGACAGAUCACGCUGGCUGAAUAGUCCAAACGUUUACCAGAAAGUCGAAAUCCUCGAGACCGGCACGCCCGAUCCGAAGAAGAUCACCAAGUGGGUGGAUGCAAACGCAGAGGAGUGGGUGUCCGAUGGCUCGCCGACCCAUAGCAGCACACCAGUCAAGAUUGAGAGUGCGCUUCAAUUCGUGCCGAAGAAUACCAAUCCAAAGGAAUUCAAACAGCUUCAGCAGCAGAUAAAAGAUUAUCGCAGAGCAGACAAAAUCUCGGCUGGACCGCAGUCUCAUAUCUUGGAAGGCGUUUCGUGGGACGAGGCCAAAAAGAUGCAGGAUGCUACUAUCAGUGGCACUGGCGAACAAGUAGUUCUGGUUGGAGCUGCCAGCAAGGGUAUCAUUCAAAGAGGAUUCCAGCACAAUGCCAUGGUCUACAAGACGCCGUAUGCGAAGAAUCCUUUCGACGCCAUCACAGAUCAAGAACUCGAUCAAUACAAAAAGGACGUUGAACGAAAACAAAAGGGCGAUCCUUACGAUGAAUCACAAUCCGAAUCCGAGGCCUUGUCAUCCUUUAACGUAAGUCGUGCGACACACGAAUCAAGUACUGCCAAGAGUCCGAUACAAUCGCCAGUUUCUGUGACAUCGGAAACGGAAGAGGAAAGCAGGGACGAACCACGAGUAUUACGGAUAGAAACGAAACAGGUGCCUGCGCCGAGUCAACCGGAAGUCGUUCUGAGUGAUGAUUCGACGGCGGUGUCUGUGGAAACUCCUCUUGUACAUCAGUCUCGGAUCCGGUCUGAGGAGGAGGGUCCAAAAAUGUUAAGUCACCAAAAAAAGCUAGUGGAUGCGACUACAGAGUUCCUUAACGAGAUGCGACGCACAGCGGUUGACCCACGAAACGAUCUCAACAGACGAGAUUCUCGUAGAAGCAGCUGCAGCAGUGAUAAGUACUACGACGGGCCCCGUCCAGAGUACUAUAGAGCUCUCGAACGUGCCAAUUUAAUAUUUACAAGGCAUAACAAGGAGCAGACAAUUGGAUCCGAGGACUCGAAUUUAGAGUCCUAUAAUGACGACAGCACGAUCUCGAAUUUCGAGAGGUCGUAUUUCACGAGCGACGGGCCCCGUCUAGAGGUCGCUAGGAGUGCUUUUAUCGCUGAACGCAUGACACCCGUACUCACUGAAAUCACUAAAUCAUCAGCAGCAUCGCGUUGCACGCGUUACGAAACUCUGCGUGCCAUUCAACGACCCCCUGUGCCACCCAAGCCUAACCGCCAUCUUGCAUUGAGACGAGCAUUUUUCGACGACUUUCAAAAAACGAAGACACCGAUGCCCUCGGCCAUUCAGGAACGCUUCGAGAGAUUUGUCGCGAAGAAAACUCGGUCCUCCGACGAUUGGUUUCGUACGGUUUUUCAACACGUACCCAAUUUCUUGGAGAAAAAGAAUCAAGGUGGCAUUGGCAGCUCCGUUCUUACGAAUCGCGCCAACUUUAAGGAAAACGUCUUGCGCUUUGAGCAGCUUGCUAGAAGUUGUUUGAAGGAUGGGAACUUCGUUGACAGGAAUGACAGGAAAGUUUUGGAAACUUGUAACAGGGAUUUUAGCAGCACCGUUUUUACUGGCAGAUCUACUUGGGAAAAUGGGAAUGAGAGGUGGUUAGGUGAAUCGGUUCCUGUGAAUUGUUCCCUUCGAAAUAACGUUGCGAUUAAUUUUUUCGAGAGAAUUGACACUCCUUUGUAUAACAUUGGGGAUACUGUUAAAAUCGUGGAUUACUCUGUGAGUCUGAAACCCAUUGCGAAUUUCGUUGAAAAGGUUCGACUUGACGAUAUGGCGAAGGAUCAUUUGAAAAUUGUUGAAUCGUCCAAGAAUACGAAUAUCAACGACGAAUGUCUUUCGUGGAAAAAUGUUUGUCCGACCAACGAAAAGAAGUUGGGGAAUUUUAUAAAUGAAAAUGAUUUGACUGUUCGCCAUGCUGAAACUUCGAUGAUCCUUAACAAUGCUCCAGAUAGCUCUGAUAAAAAUGGUAAUAUAUGUGAAAUUUCAAAGUCGAAAGAGUUUUUAAAAAUUCCAUACACAGAGGCUUCGUCGAUUUCUGGGGUUAUUGAAAUAAUUAAAAACAUUAAUAAUAUAAAUGCCAUUGAUUCCAACGCAGACAAGAUAGAAGCUGGGAUUGUCGAUGACAAAAUUGUCACUGAUGUUGAAAUGCAGGAAAUGCAUAUCAGUGAAAGUCAACUCGAUAAAAAUGGAAAUUCGUGCUUAGCCAGUGUCAACGUAGAGCAGAAAAGUCCAAGCGAAAAAAGGUACGACGAUCAAAUUGGCAUUAGUCAACUAGAAAAUGUAGAGAAUGAUGAGCAUUUUAUGACUGACAAUUCUGAAAAUAUUCAGCACAUCAACCUCACGGAAGACCAAGACGUAGAGACGCAUAAAAGGGACGAGAUAAAUCUUCUGUGUCUAGAGAAAUUUCAGGAUGACUUGGAAUUCCUAAAUGAUCCAGAUAUCCGUCCAAUUGACGAUUCACUGAACGAAGAGGAUGAUUGUCAAAUCAUCAAAGAAAUUAUAUACUUAAAGGGUGUCGAAAAUUCAGCAUCAAGUAAUUCUAUUGAAACGAAAUUGAAAGGUGCCAGUAAUGCCAUUGAAGAGUCUACAAAAAAGAUAGUUGAAAAUGAUUGUGACAUAUUCAAAUACCCAGGAAAGAAUUUUCAAAAGCAGGACAGCAUCACAGAAGUGAUAAAUAGUAUGAAUGCUGAUUUGACACCAACCAAAAUGUGCCUCGACAUUCUGCCAGAAACAGACAUAUCCUUGAAGUAUAAUCUGGAUUCGACUAACAUGAGUCUCAUUUACAGCCUAACUCCCACAGGAAUGAGUGACACCUGUUCCAACAAGGAUGACGAGUCCUUAGAUCUUCCAAAGAGCGACGCGGGUUCCAGUAUACACGACGAAGUCUCUGAAUUCAUCUGGCAGGAUCUGGUAACCAGUACUCGUCGUGAGACUACACCUGAUGGCAGUCUUGAUCUUAAUAAGACCAUAGACUUAUUCGAAAGCUCCUUCGAGUCAUGCUCAGAGCAAGGAUCUGACAUUUUGGAAUUGCCAUUGUCUACUGUCAGGGAAAUAAAGGACACCGAGGAAGAAUCUUUUCUUAAUGAUAUAAGUCACUCCGCUGAUCAGAUUAUUGCUGAUCUGAAGGAUAUAGAGAUUUUCUCUAAGGCUGCGCUGCUGGUUGAUCAAAUUGUUGCAGAUGUAAACUGGUUAGUCUAUGGGAUCAAUUGGCAGAGUUGUGAGAAUAAGAGUAUUGAAAAUUAUAUAAGGAAUAAAAUUAUGGGGCUAUAUGUUUCUAAAGACAUUGUACACUCCAUAGUGGAUGCAAUUCCUUUCGAUACUAGUGCACCGAUACAAGAUAUUGGCAUCGAAAGCAAUAAUGACAGUGAUCCUGUUAUUUUUAAUGCUGUAAGGCAAUCUCCUGUAUUAUUUAUAGAGACUGCGAAAGCUGAGCAUGACAAACAGCAAGAUAAAUAUAUGAAUAUUCGUGGUUCCUUAUAUUUGAUAAUGGAUGAGUAUUCUGAAAGUGAUACUAGAAGAGAAGAUAAUACAAUCAACUUGGAAGGUAACAAUAACUACAACGAUACACAAACUGUGGAAACUGAUGAUGGCCCAAAUAACGAUGUAAAUGAUUUAGAAGAGAUUUCCAAGAAUCAAGAGGAAGAUACUUCAUUCUUGGAAUUGUCUCGAGAUAAUCCUGAAGAAAUAUCUCAGGAAAGUAAAGAAAGAGAAAUGACUGAUGAUUCUUCUGAUAUUUUGGAAAAGGAAAUAAGUGAAGAUAAUGAUAUCUCUAAUAGCACCGAAAAUGUCAUCGUUAUCGAAGAAAUAGUUCACCACGUGAUAGACAAAUUCUAUUUUGACAAAUCUACGUCCGAAACGUCUGGCGAAUUUUUUGACUUGAAGAAAGUCAAGGAAUCCGCCAACAUAGAGUUGAAAGUAAUGCAAGAGUGUUUCAGAAUCGAAAUUGAUGAUAUUCCAACGGAAGAAACAAUUGGUGAUGUCAACGUUUCAGAAGAUGACGAAUUUUCAAAAAUGAGUGACAAAUCUGAAAUAUCGGCCAGCGUCAACGUGAAAAUCUCAUCCGAUAAGACAGAUGACGAAACAAGCGUGUCCGAUCAUUCAAAGGUAUCGGACAAUGAAGAGGAAUUAGGUGUAAAAUUAUCAAAAAAUGAAAAUAUUUCAGAAGCUACAAUAAACUUUGUGGACGUAGAGAUUUCUUUGGAGGAAAAUGAUGAGAUUGAGCCAGAAAAUGUUGAAAUAGAAAUUCCAGAAAUUCAUUUCGAAGCAGAUACACUGUGUACUGGAAAUAUUAAUGAUAAACCUGAAACAAAUCAUUUUGACUCGUCUAAUGAUUCGACCCCGGUCAGUGGCUAUUCACAAUCUGAGCAUGCAGGUAAGCAAGAUCAUUUACAGGAAACAAAUUUUGAAAAACCUGCAGAAGCGGAUGGCAAACCGUAUUCGAUUACGUCAUCUUCAUUUGUCCCCGAAAGUGACACCAACGAGCAGAAUUUAACUGGUUUUGUUUUGGAAUUUGUUACUCGGGCAAAAAAACGGGACGAUACUGACUUGUUAUUAAAUUUUGAAGUACAGAAAAAUCCAUCGCCGGCGAACAGUUACAACGAGGAGUUUACCUGCUUUGAUUUUGAGUCCUUCGAGGAGCACUUGAUCAAUGAAGAAUAUAAGAGAUCAGCAACCAAGGAGAAGGAAGUAAAUUUAUCGAAGAAGGGACCCGUGGAUGAGGAAAAGAAAAUUUUGGAUUCCUCGUCGACCGAGGUAACCUCUUCGAAUUCCGAUCAUUUUGCUGAAACUGAAUUGACGUCCGAUAGCGAUACGAAAUCGGAUAAUGGCCACGAGAAAAAUUUCAAGAAGAUCGAUUUCUGCUUGAUCGAAUAUAUUGGCGAGAAACAGGAUGCUGUUCAAAAUGAAGAUGCAGAAAACAUGGAAAAUAAUGAUGAACCAUUUUACAUGCAAUUUGAGGAAGUCGAUCACGUUGCAGAAUGCACGAGAUGCACUUGCUGCUUAGAAGUUUUCAAAUUGGAUUACUCUUCGCCGGGGCAGCUUCCCCCAAUCACCGAAGAAAUUUUUGAUGAAGAAUCUCAUCAAAGUAAUUGCAAUCAAGAUGAUGAGGUAUCAUCGACAAAAAGUGAAGAGCGGAUCGAAAAUAGUAAUAAUGAGGUUGUUAACGAAGCUAAUGAAAAUAAUUUAAAGGAAAACGACGAGAAUCACGAAGAAGAAAAAACGAGCCUAUCUAAUAAUUCAUUAAUUAGCGUCGAAUCUUCAAAAGCUACGGAUUAUUUAUCGUGUAAGGAAGAUUCGAGUGUGUUCCUGUCACUUCAGAAUACAACCGGAAGCAUAACAAGUAAAAAUACAUCUGACUGUCUUGACGAAUCCGAAGAUCCGGAAAUGCGUAAAUCAGGAAAUACUCAAGAGGAAGAUGGCGAUGAUUUAGAAAACGACGAUAACUCCGACAGUAAACUCGAUGCAACAUACACGAUAUCGGACGUGAGCGAAAUUGACAACGAAGAUUUUGAGAAGAUUUGCGAAGCCGAUGUAUCUAAUAAUAUAGAUGAAACUGGUAGAGGUUCUUUUACUUUCAACCGGAAGUCAGACUCUUCGCUGUCAGAUGUGAUCAAUUUUAAUAUCGAUGAUCGGCACUUCGAUACUACGUUGAAUUUUGCAGACGUAUCUUCAAAUACUUUGUACUCUGAAGUCUUGAAGAAUCCACUGAGACCAGUUGAAGACUCUUCAGAAAAUUCUGAUGAGAAUGUUAAGUUGGCUGUGAGCAAAGAUGAAAUUGAUAGCAACCUAGAGGAAGAUGACAAAAGGAAGACUCUUAAGAGACGGCAAACAUUGUCGAAUUUGAAAAAUUGUGAGGAAUUCGAUGACGAAGAUCCUCGUGAAGAAGUUUCAAGUAAUACACAUUGUACCGCUAAGAGGCUAAAAUCUUCAGAUAUAAAUGUUAUCGACGAGUCUUCAGAGCCUGAAGAAGAGCCCAGUAGCUGUAUGACAUAUUCAUACGAUACUCGAGAAUUUAUGAAGCUCGAAUUGGCUCUUUUGAAUGAUAACGACGAUAACAAUUUUUCUUAUAAUCCUAAUUCAGGUCAGUUAUCUGUCAGCGAACGGUCUGAGGUUCGCUGUGAAUUGGAUAUCGUCAGUUUUAGUAUUUCGCCAUUAAACCCACUGCCAAAAUAUGAAGACACCACUCUGUAUAAAAUUGUGUCAAAUAUUAAUUUGACAGACACAGUUGGCAGCGAUAUGCCAAACUGCGAGGAGGGUCAUUUACCGUGAAGGAAAAUGAAUCCUGUUUCUUUGUUUUUCCAAGUUUUUGGGAAUUUUGAACAUUAGCACUUUGGGACAGGAAGCGUCCCGUUCUCGAAAGAGCGAACGUGUCGGAUCAAGAGACGCGUGAAUGAGAAACGUACGUUUUUUUUUUUUUUCAUUUCUAGAAAAUUGACAAUUUUUGAUACAGUCAAUUUUGGAAAGUUCGUUUUGCUAAAAACUUUCUCUCAAAUUACAAUCGAAAUUUAGGUGAAUCGUUUUUCUUACUUUGCCAUUUAAUUCUCGACGAUUCGAAAAUUCGUAGGACCGAGUUUUCUUCUUCAAUCGGCAAAGAAAAGAUAAAUAUUAAUAUAUAACAAGAGUUUACUUUUAGUUUCUAUAAAAUACGGUGUGACCGAAUUGUUUUUUAUAAACUACGAAAAUACUAUAAAUCGAAUGCGCGCGAAUACAUUCGAAUUCUUAAUUUUUCCUUGAAUUACGUAAUUUGUUAACAUUUGUAAAAAUGUAAUGGUAAUUGCUUCCACGGAUCAUAAUAAUUUAUUGUUCUAAUUUCAAGCAAGGCAAAUUACCUGCUGAAUUGUAUUUAGUCUAUAAUUGCACUUUUUUUUUUCUUUAUUUCCUACCACUAUUAAUUAUUUCUGCAUUUCACGUUAAUUAUACCUUUUUCUUCCUUUUUCCUCGAAUUGUUUGAUCGUAAAAAUAAUUGCCAUUAUAUUUCGCAAAAAAUGCGUCUUUCGCAUUAUUCACACGCUGUACAUACGCGGCUUUAAUGUAACGCAAAUCAAAGAGUGAUGUGCUUUUUUUGUUCUACGAUCUAAAAUAAUAAUAAUAAAAAAAAGAAAAGAAUCAUUCCCAGCACGCUUCAAAA